CUUCCCCCCCCCUCCGGGACCCCAGCAGAGAAGGGGGACGGCACCGUCUCGACACACCCAGCAACUGGGGUCGACCAAGUCGCUGAAUUACACCAAACAGAGAAGCACCCUGCCCAGGAGCUUCAGUGUGGACCGGGUGAUGGAGCGCGUGAUGGAGCGCAACUACGACUUCGAUCUGACCUACAUCACCGAGCGCAUCAUCUCCGUAUUCUUCCCUCCUCUGCUGGACGAGCAGCGGUACCGGGUCAACCUGAAGGAGGUCACCGCCAUGCUGCGCUCCAAGCACCAGGACAAGUUCCUGCUCUUCAACCUGUCUGAAAAGCGACACGACAUCAGCCGUCUGAACCCAAAGGUCCAUGACUUUGGCUGGCCUGACCUCCACGCACCCCCCCUGGACAAGAUCUGUGCCAUGUGCAAGGCCAUGGAGACCUGGCUGACCUCCGACCCCCAGCACGUGGUGGUCCUGCACUGCAAGGGCAACAAGGGUAAAACUGGUGUGAUAAUGGCUGCAUACAUGCACUACAGCAAGAUAUCUGCAGGGGCGGACCAGGCGCUCAGUACCCUGGCCAUGAGGAAGUUCUGUGAAGAUAAGGUUUCUUCAUCGCUUCAGCCGUCCCAGAACAGGUAUAUCUAUUACUUUGGGGGUCUGCUCUCUGGGGCGAUCAAGAUGAACAGCAGCCCCCUCUUCCUCCAUCAGGUCCUCAUCCCUUCCCUCCCCAACUUUCAGGGAGAACAAGGUUACUACCCGUUUGUGAAGAUCUACCAGUCCAUGCAGUUGGUCUACACCUCCGGCAUAUAUGAUCUGCAGGGCACCGGUGGAAGGCGUCUGUGUGUGACCGUGGACCCAGCUCUGCUGCUGAAAGGUGACAUCAUGGUGAAGUGCUACCACAGGCGAGCCCAGACGGCCGACAGGGACACCGUGUUCCGGCUGCAGUUCCACACGUGCACCGUGCAUGGAAGUCAGCUCUGGUUCGGCAAGAGCGAGCUGGAUGAGGCGUGCACAGACGAGAGGUUCCCAUCAGAUGCCACGGUGGAGUUCGUCUUCUCCUCUGGGCCGGAGAAGAUCAAAGGCCGAGAGAUCCAGAAGAACGACCCGGCCGUCACCGUCGACUACAACACGGGCGACCCCGUGGUGCGCUGGGACUCCUACGAGAACUUCAACGAGCGCUUCCAGGACAGCCUGGAAGACAUCGCCCACACGCGGGGGCCGGUGGACGGCAGCCUCUACGCCCAGAUCAAGAAGCGCCGCUGCCCCAACUCCGGCUCGCUCAGCUCCACCAAUGGCAGCAGCCCGGGGGGCGGGUUCGUCGACGAGCGACCCAAUCACCCGCUCACGUCCGCCAGCUGCGACUCCUCCACCUUCUCCGCCCACUCCAACCAGUCGUCCAUCCAGCAGGCCGACAAGCUCCGCCCCUCGCCGCCCACCCGGCAGGAGAGGGAGGAGCUCGACCGCAUGCUCGGCGGCAUCGAAGGGGGCGGGAGCCGCGACGGCGAGCGCGAGACCGCCAUCCUGGACGACGGCGACUCGCUGCCCUCGGAGCCGUCGUCGGGGACGAUGAGGCUGGGACGCUCGUGCUCCUGCAGGGCGGGGUACCGGUCCCAGCGCUGCGCCCAGCCCGGCUGCGACCGCACCCUCCUCAUGCCCAACGGGUACUGCCUGGACCGGGCGCCGGGCACCAACGGGCACCACGGGGCCACGCCCUCCGCCAGCCCCAAGUCCGGCCUGCCCUCCCACCUGGACCUGUGCCAGCACUACAGCCCCCACCCCCACCAGCCCCUCCCCCCGCCCGACCUGGUGUGGGACCGCCACGCCGGCCAGACCCACUACCUGCACCGCCCCUGCUCCGACUCCAGCCCCCCCGGCCGCCACCUCUACCCCUACCCCCCCUCCGACCUGCACCCCCUCUCCGCCCCCGGGCGCCUGCUGUGCCGCGGCGACGACUACGGCAGCCCCUACCACCACCACCACCACCACCACCCGCCGCCGCCCGCCCACGUCUACCAUCACCACGGCAACAAGGGCCCCGCCUACCCGGACCCCCUGCUGCUGGAGGGCGGCAUGGCGCCCCCCGGCUGCCCGUGCCGGGACUGCGGCGUGCGCAGGGACGAGGAGGACGACGCCGCCGCCGCCGUCUACCACGGCAUCCGCCUGGACCCCUGGGAGCGGGAGGCGGAGCUACAGCACCGAGGGGCGGAGCUUCCGCAGAGGGGCGGGGCUCCGGGGGAGCUGCACCACUGGGAGAACCGGGACUCGCAGCAGGGGGCGGGGCCGCGGCGGGCCAGAGAGCUGUCCCUGCACUGGGAGCGCGAGCGCGAGGCCCACCUGCAGUGGGAGCGCGAGUACUGGCACCGCCGCGCCACCGUGGCGUCCUUCGCGCCGCACGGGCGCCCGCACGACCUGCCGCCCGCCGCCGCCGCCGGCGCGUUCACCUUCGACCCCCUGCCGCCGGGCCACGCCGCCUACCCCGAGGCGUCGCGCUCCCACGCCCACUCCCACCUGGACCUCAAGUACAGCAGCGGCAGCAGCGGCUACCAGACGCCGCGCCAGGCCUGCCCCUACUCGCCCUACCAGCCCUCGCCCGCCGAGAGCCGCGGCUACGCCUCGGGCUACCAGUCCGAGUCCACCUCGCCGCUGCCCCCCGGCGGUCACCACGGCAACGGGGCCCCCGAGCACGGCCAGCCGCCGCCCGGCUCCGACGCCCACGUGACAGAUGCCCUGCGCAGCUCGGUCGAGAGCGUGGGCUGGAGGGACCACAUCACCCAGGGCUCCUUCAAGAGGGUCCACCGGCCCGGGGCGGCCUGCUCCACCCCCUCGGACAUGUCCGGACCCCCCACCCCCGUCCACACCAGCAGCCCCUUGUGCCCCCCGGAGAGCGCCAGCUCAGGCCCCAGGGAGGAGGAGAUCCGGACCACCGACAUCCUCAACGGGGACUACGACCCCGCCCCCCCGUCCCACCCGGCCCCCGUGGCCCCGCCCCGCACCCACCUCCCGGACCCCUUCUCCUCGCCGCCGCCGCCGCCGCGCCCCAAGGACCAGUGCUCGCAGGUCGUCACGGCGACCGCCGCGGACCCGUCGGCGCCCGUCCCGACGCAGAACCACUGCGGCUCGGCGCCGCACGCCUCCCCGGACCACGAGCUGGACCCGCCCGCCGCCAUCGCCGCCGCCGCCGCCGCGCCCGUACCGGUGAACCACGUCACCCCGGCCCUCUCCGACCCGGCCCCCCCAACCCAGGGGCCCGCCUCGAGCGACCCGUCCAUGGAGUCGGCCCCCCAGACCCCCAGCCCCGCCCGGGACCCCAAAGCUCAGCACGUGGUCACCCAGGCGACGGUCCACCCCGAGAGCCCCACCCGGGUCAACGGGACCCCCAACGGGACCCCCAACGGGACCCCCAACGGGACCCCCAACGUCCAGGACGCGCCCACACCCAACGCCGUUUCCACGGCGCCCGCGCCCGAGUCCCCCGCCCGGGGGUCCGGCUCCUCCCCUCAGCCCGCCUCCAGCAGCACCGACACCUCCCCUCUGUCCGACUCCCCGGUCCCCGGCUUCGCCACCCUGGGCAGGAGGCUGAUGCUGAGCGGCUCGGACCCCCAUCAGCCCCCCCACCAGCCCCCCACGACGAACCACCACGGGGCCAGCAACGGCCAGCAGCACCACUACCACCCCGGGGGGGGGGGGGGCCCUCGCCCCGGGGCCCGCCGACAGCCCCAGCCGGGGGGCGCCCCCCACUGCUACGCCACCCUCUCCCACCCCCAGCCCCCGCUGCCGGAGAAACGCCGGCACCCCAGCCAGCCCGGGUCCCCCGAGGGCGACGGGCCGGCGGGCACCCUGGGGCGACUCUCCUGCGCCUCCUCCGUCGCCCCCCAGCAGCAGCAGCAGCACCACGUCACCUUCUCCCCCACCGUGGGCGAGCUGGCGCCCUCUGGUGGCCAGACCGAGGCGGUGGAGCCCGAGAGCCCCACCAGAGUGAGCGUCAAGUUCGUCCAGGACAGCUCGAGGUUCUGGUACAAGCCGUCCAUCUCCAGAGAACAAGCGAUCGCGGCCCUGAAGGAGAGAGAGCCAGGGGCCUUCCUCAUAAGGGACAGCAACUCGUUCCAGGGGGCCUAUGGGCUGGCCCUCAAGGUGGCCACGCCCCCUGCCAACAUAUCCAAUCACAGCAGCAAAGUGGUGGACCCCCAGGAGCAGCUGGUCAGACACUUCCUGAUCGAGACGGGGUCGCGCGGGGUCAAGAUCAAGGGCUGCCAGAACGAGCCCUACUUCGGGAGCCUCUCUGCGCUGGUCUACCAGCACUCCAUCACCCCCAUCUCUCUGCCCUGCACCCUGAGGAUCCCCGACAAAGAGCUGAUAGGAGCGGGCCAGGAGGUGCACCCCCCCAGUAACAUGAGCAGCGCCGCCGACCUGCUGAAACAGGGAGCAGCCUGUAACGUGUUGUACCUGAACUCCGUGGAGACCGAGUCGCUGACGGGGCCCCAGGCCAUCGCCAAGGCAACGGACGCCACCAUGGGCCGGAGCCCGCGCCCGGCCGCCACCGUGGUCCAGUUCAAGGUGACGGCCCAGGGGAUCACCCUGACGGACAGCCAGCGCAGGCUGUUCUUCAGACGACACUACCCGGUCACCAGCGUGACGUACAGCAGCAUCGACCCAAAGGACAGGAGGUGGGCUAACUCAGACAACAAAUCUGUCCAGGUGUUUGGCUUCGUGGCCCGUAAGCCCGGCAGCGUGGCGGAGAACGUCUGCCACCUGUUCGCUGAGCUGGACCCCGAGCAGCCCGCCUCCGCCAUCAUCAACUUCAUCAACAAGGUCAUGCUGUCGCAGUGCCGGUAGAGCGACACAGAGAGCGACAGAGAGAAGAAGACUCAGAGGGCUGACCUCGGAUCAGGAUUAUAAGCGAUCGCAUAAAGCAAUAUAGGGUUGGGUCAUCACUGUUGGUUUGUGUUGUUUCAAUGGUGGGUGAAUGUCACCCGUGAGGGAAACUAGGAGCCUUCAGUUCCAUCCCUCCUUGUAUCUGUACAGAGAGCUUCAUCUGCACUGACCCGCCACCAAUCCACCUGAACACCUCUUAUUUCAAUGUUCACAGGUAUCCAUGGUACCCGUCCAAAGCCAGUAGUCAUACAACGAUCUAACCAAAAGGCAAAAAAAAAACCUUAAACAUCAAUAAUCUCAAUCCUUUUAUAAUCAGCCGUUACGUUAAUUCAGUAUUUUAACCAAAUAUGUCUACCGUGUUAGAAGUUGAAUAAGCAAUCAUUUGCGAAUUUUUCGACAUCUAUCGGAAACCAACACGAAUUUCGACAACAUCCGAAAAAUGUGUGACUGCUUAUUCACCUUGUUGCAUUCCAUCCUGAAUAGUUUCAGAACUAGGUCUGUAAGCAAGACCAUGUAAGUGCUUUCAAGCAGAAGGAAGGUGUCCAUAAACAGCUCUUUAAACUAUCGUCAAAGUAUUAUUGUGGGAUUUGGGUUGAAGCAACGAUAAUCUUGCUGAUUACGUUUUAUAUAGAACUUGUGGAUUCUAUAACAAGUUGUUGCACUGUCAGGGGCAAGCAUAUUCCCCAUAGGGCUCAGAAAUUGACAGACAUAACUGCCUUUAUAAAUAUGUAAGAUGUUUAUAUCAGUGUUGUAACUAAAUGCAUUAUUUUGCUUUGCCUUUGCAAAUAAGUGACCAAAGAACAUUUCUGUCUGUAUAUUGUUUAGUGAAUAUAUAUCAAGACCUACGUAAGGCUAGCAGAAUGAUGUACAGCUUAAGUGAUCACGUUUAUUUCAGCCAUGAAUGACAAUCAAUAUUUUUGUAUUCAAAUAAAUUGUUAUUAGUGGGGUAAGAGACAUAACGGUCUUAAUGAAAGAUAACCUGAAUGUAAUGUACGUAACGUCAACAGUGAGGGAUUGUGAGGUAUUGACUGGUGGAAGGAAGGUAUUGAAAGUAAGGUUAGCAGACUAGCUGCUAUAGCUAACCAAUAGAAACCAAGGCGUUGCUAUGUGUCCCUGCAGGUUUUAAAAGUAAUGUGUUCAAAAUGGAAAACAAUGGAAAGACGCCAAGAGAAGAGAGUAUUUCUUUUUUUUACAGGGCCGUUGGUCUAUCAUUCGAUUAUGCACACAUUGACUGUUGACUCAUCCGUAUCAGUUAUUUUGACCAAUUUUGAUUCAAGGGCCUAAUUCUUGCCACAUAAGAUAUUUACUUCAGUAUAUAAAACAGUUAAUAAUGAUGUCAAAAGUAUUUUUUUACUCCCGUAACAGUGUGAGGUUAUCGAGUAUUAAUUGUAUCCAAAGCUGACAUGUUGGGCAAAGUCAAGAUAGACACAUACAACUCUCCCACUGAUGUAAAAUAGUGGCCUGAAGACCAUUAAACAUAACCAACGAUAGAGCACUCUAUUAUUAAUAAUAGGCUUUAUAUAUAUUUUUGUAUUUUCGCCUCAUGUAUUUGUACUUUGCAUUUAGUGUGCUGCCAUGUUUCAUAAUUCACCAAAAACACUACUUGUAUGACAACUAUAAAAGUAUAUAUAGUGGUCUUUUUCUCGUUGAUCUGUUUUUAUGUAGUAAUAUAUUUUCCCAUGUGCAUCUAUACGACAAUACAAGAGAAGGAGGAAAAUAAAACAAGCUUGUUUAAAUAGCAAAAUAUGAAACAUUAUUGUAUAUGCACACAAAUUAAGAAUAUAAUAAAACGUUCUGGUACCAAAUGUA